UUUUCAAUUAAAUAUAUUAUUUUUUUAAUUAAAAUGUAUAUAAUAAUUAUGGUUUUGACAAAAAUGGUUUGUUGAAACAUAAAUAUUAGAAAAUGUAUUAAAAUACACUUUUAUAAACUUUACCAAAAGAUUUGACUUGAAGACAAUAAUAUUUAUUGUAUCCCACAGUUCUAAAUUUAUAGUUUGCCUUUGAUUCGAUCGUUAAACACGUACCACAUGAGCCUUCAAAUAUUUAAAAAUACGCCUCAUCUCUCGAUAGUUGUUUUGAUAAAUGUGAAAACGUUUCAUUCCACUUCUGACAGCACAAUUAAAAUACAUUCCCGUCGUGAAGGAUCGCGUCUGGCCCGUUGCCAAAUUACCGAUCGCAUUUCCCAAAAUAACCCCAUCCACAUGGUCCCGAUGUUAACAACCCAACGCUCCAGUCUCCGUCGUGCACCAUGGCCGGUUCGGUGCGUCCCCGGUCCAACCGCGGCUCGUCGCGUAGCCGCGGCUCCUCCACCUACAGCUACGAGCGCGACACCCGCGAACGCAUCAAGGACUGCCUCAGGAAGUUCGUGGCGUUCAUGUGCACGCAGGUGGGCGUGGGGGCGAUGCUGGUGUGCUACGCGUUCAUCGGCGCCGUCAGCUUCAUGCACAUAGAAGGCACGGCCAAGGGGGAAACGGAUGAGGUGGAGGUGGUGCGAGGCCUCAGAACGGUGGCCCUGCACAACCUCUUCGAAGUAGCCUACAACAAUAACAUCCUGGAGCGGGACAGGUUCUUCCAGCAGUCGGACGAGGAGCUGAGACGUUACCAGGGGCAGCUGGUGGAGAUCUUCCGGCACGGCUACGACCUUAAACCGGAGGACAUGUGGACCUUCCCCGCUUCUUUGAUGUUCUCGCUGAGUAUCAUAACGAUGAUUGGGUACGGGAACAUGGUGCCCAAGACGGUGUCGGGCAAGGUGGCCACCAUGAUCUACGCCAUCUUCGGCAUACCCUUGUACGUGCUUUACUUCCUGAACAUGGGGGAGGUGAUGGCCGGGUGCUUCCGGUGGGGCUAUCGCUGGUUGUACAAGUGUAGCACCGAAACCGAUCCCACUGAGCCACCUAAAAGGAUAAUCGUACCCUCCACCGCCUGUCUUUGGGUGAUUGGAGCUUAUGUGCUCACCGGGGCCAUCAUGUUCACCGCCUGGGAGAAGUGGAGUUACUUGGACAGCACCUAUUUCUGCGUCACCAGCUUGUGCAAGUUGGGCUUGGGUGAUUUGGUGCCAGGCACCGAUAUUAACUCCUUCGAGGGUAAUCAGACGAAGCUGUUGAUUACCUUCUGUUACAUGCUGCUGGGUUUGGGUCUGGUGGCCAUGUGCUACAACUUGAUGAGGGAGGAUAUUAAGGUCAAGAUGCAGGAGAUGCGCGAGGACUUCAGCCAAUGUUUGGAAGACACCAGACUUAAGUUUAUUAAGUGUUAUCGUCGUCGGCGUGUCGAUGAGGAGUACUCUUAUUAAACUGUGAUAUAAAUACAUUCUUACAAUUAGUUUUAGUAUUUUGUAUUUGUUUUGUUACUUCGGAAUUGUAAUCCGGUUUAAAAUGCAGCGUUUAUAUUUAAUUCGAUGUGCGUCGUGCAUAUCGUGGGAUGCAAACUAACAAAGACAGCGCCGUUCCCCCACGUCCGGUCCGGCUUUGUCGCGUGAACGGCUACAAUGACCGUCACAACGACGUCGUGUACUGUCACCCCGCCGUCAAGUCCCC